CACACACACAGCAUUAGCUCGCUAGCUAGCAGCAGGCAACACCCAUCGAUCGAUCAAAACACAUUCGAUCGAGAGGCGCGAGCUGCAGAUCGUCGGAGAUCAGACGAUGGCGAGGCUCAACGCCGCCGCGCUACCUCUGUGCGUGGCACUGCUCGCCCUCUGCCUCGCCGGGCAGUCGGCCGCCGGCCGCUACUACUCGGACAAAGUCCAGGACAAGGUGAGGAAGGAAGUGGAGAAGGCCAUGGCGUACAACCCCAGCGUCGGCCCCGCCCUCGUCCGCUUGGUGUUCCAUGACUGCUGGGUCAAUGGUUGUGAUGGAUCCGUGCUCCUGGACAAGACGCCCACCGACGGCACCAACACCGAGAAGAAGGCCGUCAACAACAUCGGCCUCGCCGGCUUCGAGGUCAUCGACACCAUCAAGCAGAAGGUCGGCGCCGACGCCUCCUGCGCCGACAUCCUCGCCUUCGCGGGGCGCGACGCGGCCGACAUCCUCAGCGGCGGCAAGAUCUUCUACACCAUCCCUGGCGGCCGCAAGGACGGCGUCGUCUCCUCCGCCGCGGCCGCCGACGCCAACCUCCCCGAGUCCACCUUCGACUUCGACCAGCUGCAGACCAACUUCGCCGCGACCGCCCGGAACUUCACCGUCGAGGAGCUCGUCGUCCUCUCCGGCGCGCACUCCAUCGGCGUCGCGCACCUCUCGUCCUACAAGGACCGCCUCGGCGGCGCCGACGCCACGCCCAUCGACUCCGACUACCAGUCGGCGCUCACCAAGGCCACGCCGCCGGAGCUGCUGGGCAAAGGGCAGAACCCGACCUUACCCAACAACCCCCGCGACGCGACCGCCGCAUUCCAGAAGGACGCCGCCUACGACCCCGCCGCCGUGGGGGUCAGCCCGACCAGGGGCGUCCUGGACAACAGCUACUACCACAACAACCUCAUCAACAAGGUGCUCUUCAAGUCCGACUGGGUGCUGCGCACCGACAGCUUCGCCGCCGGCAAGCUGCAGGAGUACAAGGACAACGCGGCGGAGUGGAACUCCGACUUCGCCGCCGCCAUGGUCAAGCUCAGCAGCCUGCCUGCGCAGGGCAGGAACCUGGAGAUCAGGAAGAACUGCCGGUUCACCAACCAGCAGUACUACUAGUACUAAGACUAGACCAAGCGCUUAAUAUAUAAUUGCUUCAACGAUGAGACAUGCAUGGCGCCAAUAAUCCAAUAUCCUAGCUCUGCAUCGGUUACAGUUCGAUCUAUUUGUGCUUAUUAUUUUUCCCUUUCCUUCAAUUAAUUCUAACGGUUUACUGGUUACAGCUGAUAUAUAUGUAUUGAUUGCACAAUAAACUGUUUUAUAGAUCAUCUGAUGUAUUUUGUUAAGGAAAGAAAUUAAACAAUGCUCUGAACGAAAUAUAUGGUCAUGUUACUAUUGUCCAAGUA